AGUUAUUUCGGUUUGACCUACUUAUCGCAUUUUUUUCGUGUCAUAUUUCAAGAGACAAGUUGAAUAUGUUGUUAAAAGUCCAGAUUUUGCAACGGUCGUUGUAACUCGUCUACCUUUCGAUAGGCGGCGGGCCCAACUAAACUUAAUCACAGAAUGAUAACGCUAGUUGGCUUUCAACGCAUGGAUGUUGCGCGUAAUUUCGAUGGACCAGAUUUUUGUGGUUAUUGCUUUGUGUCCGUUAAUUUUGUAUUUAUGAAGGUGUUUAUUUAUCGUGCCUUAUUUUUGGCAGUUGCUUGGAAUAUCAGUGAGACUUUAAUAACGGGAUUAAGCGAAAUUGCGCACGUCAAAAGUGACGUGCCGCGUGAAUCCGGCGGCGAGAGGCGCAACGAUGGGCAAGUUCGAGAUACAGUCGAUGCCGGUCGCGCGACCGGAAAACAGCAGUGUGGUCUGCGCGCAUACUACCUGCAAGGGACUGUACCGUUUGAACGGUAGCCCGCCGGGAGCCGACGACGAGCCGGACGGCCUGAAGACGGUCGAGGAAGCGGCCGAAACGUCCGACGAGUUCGCCGACGACAUCGAGUUGCUGACCACGCAGGUGGCGGGCCACACUUUCGACGAAACCGUCGGCGUAGGCAUGCUCAAGCAGAACGGUACCGUGCUCAAGCCCCUUAUCAAAAAGGAGUGUUCGGAGAACGAGGUCAGCCUGUACGAGCAGCUCGAACGUUCCGCGGAUAGUUCGCUGGUCGAAAUGAGGCAGCUGGUGCCGAAAUUUCACGGCAUCAAAACGCUAACGAUCAAAAACAAGGACCUGGACUUUUUGGUGAUCGACGAUUUGACGAAGGACUUCAAGGAGCCGUGCGUGAUGGACGUGAAGAUCGGCAGACGCACUUGGGACCACAAAGCCAGUUACCAGAAAAUAGUCGACGAAGAGAAAAAGUACCACGACUGCAAACGGGACCUCGGCUUUUGCAUUCCCGGUUUUCAGGUGUACAAGCUGCGCAACAGUCAACUCGUCAAGCACGGCAAAGAGUUUGGCAAAACUUUGAACAAGGACACUGCCGAAGAUGCGAUUAAAACGUUUCUGAACGCGGACGGCAACGGUUUCUGUCGCAAACUUUUGGUGCAAUUUCUCGCCUGCCUGUGGCGUAUCCAGCACUGGGCGCGAAAACAGAGACGCCUGCGGCUGUACGCGUCCUCCAUUUUGUUUGUUUACGACGCGCGGCGUCUCAGGGAGUGCGUGGGCGACGACGUACCCGCCCAAAAUCCGCCCCCGAAACUAGUCAGAAAUCGGAGCUUGUACAGGCCGCUCAGUUUGGCGGUGCUGAACAAAGAUUGCGAGCGGAUACCGACCGGGUUUAGCGGACAGUUGACACCCGACGGGCCGAAUCUGAGGCCGCGGUCUACGAAAUUGGUCGGUUUGGACGUGGCCACGCCCUCUACGAUAAACAACAACAACACGUGGCACAAAUCCAUUCACACGCUGAAACGCACCCACUCGUUCCAAAACAAUUACGACAAAGACGUGCAGAACAAGAAGCAGACGUAUUCGAUGAUGUUGGACGAUUUGUGUUGCGAGCAUAAAUCGGAGGUGUGGGCGGUCGCUAAAAUGAUAGACUUCGCGCACGUCCACCCGGCGGACUGUUGCGACAUCGAUAAAAAUUACCUGGACGGGGUCGAGAGCUUGGUGGGAUUGUUCGAAGAGUUUCUCGCGGACAGCGAUUAAUUAGGUGUCGAAUAAAAAAUAACUUUGACCAGGGGGAGUUGUUUUUGGCCGUGCGCUCGAUGCGUUCCCAAAUAUUUAGCUCUUGUCGCGACGAUAAAGCGCAAUUCGCAUCGUAAAAUGCAGACUCCAAAUCGACAAUGGAUAUUCAGUAUUUGAAUGUCGUUUAAGCAUAAAUUUAAAGGAACAAUAAAGGUGGAUAAACGUAUUACCUGUCU